UUUGUUCACAGCUCCAUGGAAUUUGUGACAGCCCUAGAGGACCUCCAAGAGGAAUCUAGCUGUCCCAUCUGUCUGGAGUACUUGAAAGACCCAGUGACCAUCAACUGUGGGCACAACUUCUGUCGCUCCUGCCUCAGUAUAUCCUGGAAGGAUCUAGAUGAUUCCUUUCCCUGUCCUGUCUGCCGUUUUUGCUUUCCAUAUGGAAACUUCAGGAGGAACCCUCAGCUCCGUAAUUUGACUGAAAUUGCUAAGCAACUGCAGAUCAGAAGGAGCAAGAGGAAGAGGCAAAAAGAGAAUGCUGUGUGUGAAAAGCAUAAUCAGCUUCGGACCCUUUUCUGUGUGAAGGAUCUAGAGAUUUUAUGUAUACAGUGCAGUUUCUCCACUAAACAUCAGAAGCACUACAUUAGCUCCAUUAGCAAAGCUGCCUCUUACCACAGAAAAAAUCUAGAAUGUAGCAUUGAGCCUCUAAAGACCAAUAUAGAACGAAUUGAAAAAGUGAUCAUUCUACAAGGCAGCAAGGCAGUGGAGCUGAAAAAGCAGGUAGAAUGUAGGAGAGAAGAAAUCAAUUCUGAGUUUGAGGAAAUUAAACUGUUUUUACAGGAUGAACAAGAGACUAUUCUUAAACAGAUGCAAGAUGAAGAGAUGGACAUUUUAACAAAACUAAAGGAAAACAUUGUAACAUUUUCAAAUGAGAUUUCCUCAUUAAAACAUCUUCUGAGGGAGAUAAAGGGCAAAUGUGUGCAGUCAGACCUGGAAUUUCUGAAACACAUUAAGAGUAUCAACCACAGGUAUCAAAAGCUAAAAUACCCUGAACUCUUUUCAUUUAGGUUAACAAAAUAUGGCCUCAGCCUUCCUCGCCAGUAUUCUGGCUUGUACAAAAUUAUCAAGCCAUUUCAAGCAGAUGUAAUUCUAGAUGUUGUCACAGCACAUCCUCAACUUAUUGUCUCUGAGGAUAGAAAAGCUGUACAAUACGGAAGAAUGAAGCAAAAAGUUGGUUGUAGCCCAAGGAGAUUUGAUCUUUGCCCUGCUGUCCUAGGUUCUCAGAGAUUUAUUUCUGGCAGACAUUACUGGGAGGUAGAUGUGGGAAAGAAGCCUAAAUGGAUACUGGGCAUAUGUCAAGACCACACUGUUAGGAACUGGCAGGAACAGCCAUCAGUUCUGGAUGGAUUCUGGGCAAUUGGGCGAUAUAUGAGGAGUGGCUAUGUAGUAUCAGGCCCUAAGAGAGCCCAUGUCCUGCCACUGGUAAAACCCAAUAGGAUUGGAAUUUUUCUGGACUAUGAUAUGGGUGAGAUCUCCUUUUACAAUAUGAAUGAUAGGUCUGUUCUCUAUACUUUUAGUGAUUCUUUCACAGAACCCGUUUGGCCUUAUUUCUACACUGGAACAGAUUCAGAACCUCUUAAAAUCUGUUCAGUAUCAGAUUAUGAAAGAUAAUG